GGUGUACUUCCGGUUGAGAUAUAAACUAUAAACCUGCGUAACCGUGUCAAGCUUGGAUGAAUAACCCGGCAUAAAAAGUAGGGAUCGCCUCUGUUGGAGCGGGCGGUGUUGCGUGUGAAAAUCCCGUUGUAAACUGAAAAACCCACAGCAGCUGUUGAGCAUCAUACAAGUUGGUUUGACGACACCACAGUAAAAGCGCAAUUUCAAAAUUCGCACAACACGUAGGGUAGGAUAAAUGACAGGAGAGUAGCGGAGGCGGCAUGUCAGCAUUACAGUUCGCGGACGAUAUCGUCCGUGAUUACCUGCGUUACCGAGGUUUCCCUUCGUCUCUCAAAGCUUUUGACACAGAGCUCAAAGCAGACAAGGACAAAGGUUUUCGUCCCGACCGUCUUGUGGAGCAUUUCUCUGGCUGUAUGGAAUCUAUGGACCUUGCUGGACUGCGGGAUUUGUGGUGCCACCUGGACAGCCAUGUCUUUCGACGUCUCGAACAGACAUUUCUGCCCACGGUGCGCAAGCUGGAGAUGGCCCUGUUGCGUCUCUAUGUGGUCACCUGCAUUGCCAAUGGUCGCCAGGACAAAGUAACGGAGUUUUUCGACAAAAUGGCUCCUGAGCUCCAUGGUCAGGCAGAGUGGAAAGAGUGGUUCGCCAUCCCGUUCCUGAAGGGCGUAGAGGACAAUCCCACUUUCCAGGUGUUUUUUACGCGUCACUGGCAGGACAUGACGAUGGUCUCCUUGCGCAACUUCCUCAGCGUUGUCUACCAGAGCAUGGCCUUGCCUAUCCUGUUGAGCUACGAAGAGGACCUCAACAGAAUGCAGGCCUUGCAAGAGGAAAAUGAAGCUAUCAAACAACAGCAACCGUUGGAAGGACGCGAAGCGGAGGGGCCCCAGGAGCCCAUGGACGAUUUCUACGUCAUUGCCCAGGAGCCCUGCAUCCCGGAAGGACGCAAAAUAAUUCCCUCUUUCAUUCGUAACUUGGGCGGCCUUCCCACAUCGCCCAUCUUGGGACGCAAAGUCGAUUGCAAGCGCACCGAGGAAUCCGUGAAACGCAAACAGAAGCAGCCUACCAUUGUUGCGGACACUAAGUCCUCGCAGGUAGAAAGCAGCUCCGCAGAGACGACGACGACGACGAGCGACAAGCUGCUCUUGCUCAAUGAGGAGGAAUAUAAUGAACAUCAAUCGUGCAUUACUCAUUGCAAAUUUGACAACAGUGGUAUGAUUGCAAGCGCAGACGUGGACGGUGUUAUCAAAGUAUGGAGUCCCCUGGCAAAGACCCUUGCCACGGUCGUAUCCAAGAGCAGCAUAACUGCAUUGGAGUGGGUUCACAAGAAUUUGCUCAUGUACGGCUCCAAAGCAGGCAACUUACGGCUGUAUGACACCAAAGAGAGGAGAGUUCUCUUUGACAUUGUUCCCGAGUCAAGCUCUGUCCUCAAAGAACAUAGUGUGGCCUGCCUGGCAUGUAGUCCUGUUGAGCCUGUGGUGGUGAGUGCUCUGCGUUGGGAACUGCAAGCAGCUGUGCCUGGACGGGGGAAGCUGCUCUUGUGGGAUCUCAAGAGUAAACAACUUCAGGGUCAACUGAAAUGCGAAUCUUCCAUCAACUGCUGCAUUUACAGCCGCAAUGGACAGCUCCUCCUGUGCGGUACAGCUGCUGGCAUGGUCUGUUUGUACGAUGUCCGAAUGCACGAGUGCGUCUCUUCCUGGGCAGCACACGACGGGCCCGUCUACUCGAUCCAGUUGAAUGCCAAUGAAGCCACCUGCUACACUAUGGGCUCGGAUGGAAAUCUUGCCCAGUGGAACGUGUACAAGACUGGACAGAAGGUAUCUGAAUUUGGCCUUCAUCCGGGCUGCACUGGGCCCCCGUCGUUCCGGCCUUGCGGGAAGCUUUUCUCCUUGAGUGCCGAUGGUGAGCACAUGCUCACUUGUGCCCCCACUUCAGGAAUCAUAUACAAGGUGGAUGCGGGAGGUUUCUCGCAAGUGUUAAACGUAGGCAAACACAAGAGUCACGUGCUGACUGUUGACUGGUCUCUGGCUGGAAACUGCAGCGUGUGCAGCACUGCAUCUGCGGACGGCUCCAUAUCACUGGCUACUUUACUGAAACAAUAAACUUUGCUUCCUACCA